UUCCGGGUCCGCAAGAUGGUGGCCCGCAAGAAGAAAGCCAGAGCGGCUGGCCACGAGGGGAGCAUACCCAGCCCACCAGGUUAUUCAGCUGUUCCAGUCAAGUUCUCAGAGAAGCAACAGGCUUCUCAUUACCUGUACGUGAGACAGCACAGAGUUCGCCAAGACACCCAGUCCACGUGGCCUGCCAAUAGGACCCUUUUUAUCCUCAACGUGCCUCCGUACUGCACGAAGGAGUGCCUGUCUCGACUCCUGGCCUCCUGUGGCACCAUCAAGACAGUGGAGUUGCAGGAGAAGCCUGACCUUGCUGAGAGCCCUAAGGAGCCAACGUCAAAGUUUUUUCACCCCAAGCCAGUUCCGGGUUUUCAGGUAGCUUAUGUGGUGUUCCAGAAGCCAAGUGGAGUGUCAGCUGCCUUGAAUCUGAAGGGCCCAUUGCUGGUUUCUACAGAGAACCGCCCAGUGAAGAGCGGGAUUCACAGUCAGUACCACUGGCUGUGUCCAGUGCUUCCUCCCCAGGCCUUGGGUUGGUGAGGGACACUUAAUGUGACCAGCAUCUGUGAAUGCCACAAGCUGGGUCCCCUCUUCCCAAGGGACUUCAGUUCUCAGGGCUGUGUCUGAGACACAUCAGACAUAGCCUGAGCUUUUGGCACUAGGUAAGGGUCAGGCCUGUUGCUGCUAGAACCUUCCUAGCUCCUG